UUUGCCUACGUCGCUUCCCGUCCUCCACAAUGCCCUCGAUGCAUGCUCUCUACAUUCCCUUCCUCCUGGCAGGCAUGAUACUUACUGGCUCCAGUAAUUCGCUUUGGAGCAAAUGGCAGGAUAUGCAAUGUGUCGAGAACUGUGACGACCCAGAUGUCAGCCAUCGUGUUCUGUAUGAACAGCCUGUAUGGCAGACUCUCCAGAUGUUUGUCGGAGAAAUGCUAUGUUUCCUUCCCGUACUAUACACGUGGAUACAAUCUAGGCGUCGAACACCUUCUAUCCAUCUUGAUACCGACUCCCAACUCGGAGCGUCUAUCCCUCUCAAGAACGCACCUCGAACUCUCACUGGCGCCAAGAUCUUGCUCCUAUGGAUUCCCGCGGCGUGUGACCUCACCGGAACCACUCUGAUGAAUGUCGGGUUGCUGUAUACACCUGUAUCAAUCUAUCAAAUGACUCGGGGGGGCCUUGUCUUGUUUGUUGGCUUCUUUAGCGUCGCGUUCCUUCGUCGCCAGCUUUGGUUGUACCAAUGGGUCUCCCUUCUUGUGGUUAUGGCUGGUGUCGGUUUAGUCGGUUUCAGCGGAUCGCUCAUUAAAGACGCCGUCAAAGAAUUUGUUGGACAGUCCAUGCCAACCUGGCUUGCGUCAGCCAGCUCCGACUUGCCGCCGCUAAAGCCUAACGAGAAGCCCGAGGCAACCACUGUUCUCGUCGGCAUCUUCUUCAUCCUCUUUGCGCAAAUUUUCACGGCAACUCAGUUUGUUAUUGAAGAGAAGAUCAUGGGUCAAUAUUCAGUUCCCCCUCUGGUCGCUGUCGGCUAUGAAGGCUUGUUCGGUGCUAUUUCCAUUCUGCUGAUUCUCCCUAUCCUCUCUAUACCGUCCGUUUCCAAGCAGUCGAUGUUCUUUGAUAUCCCCCGAGGCUGGCACCAGAUGGUUGACACACCUUCUGUGUUGUAUUCUGGUAUUGCCAUUGCAUGCAGCAUUUCCUUGUUCAAUUAUUUCGGGCUCAGUGUUACGCGGCAUGUCAGCGCAACCGCUCGCUCUUUGACGGACACCUGCAGGACGCUUUCUAUUUGGAUAAUUAGCUUGGGACUGGGCUGGGAAAGACUUUUGUGGCCUGUCUCAUUGUUACAGGUUCUCGGAUUUUCACUGUUGGUCUACGGCACGUUCAUGUUCAACGGGCUCGUUCCUACUCCGCCAUUUUUACUACCCAUAACCACCGAGCAGAACCGUCUACCAGAAGAAGAAGAAGGUCUUCUAUCAUCUCCACUGGAUGAGACUGCCACCCUUCCGGCAGAUCUCGGGCAGAGUGGUUUUGAUGUGGUUCCCGAAGAGCAGACAGCUCAUGCCAGGAAGCCAGCUGUCCGUACGGCUUAGAAUACGCCAUAUUUCGUUUUAUUCGUGGAUAAUAAUUGUAAUGUGUUGGACACUUAUUCAUUCGCAUUAAUAUUCGCUUUCGACGUGGAGCAUCUGACAUCCGUCACUGCAUAUGGACUUGGCGAAUGUUCGGAACGGGGAAGUAAUCCGGCGAUGAUAUUUAUGUUCAAACCUGCGACAUGCACAAAUACCGUAAUACGUACGUACGUGCUGUAUACGACGAAACGAAAGGCUAAUGACGGUCAUCGGAUCGUAAAGUGGC